AUGAAUUUAGCAAUCCAGACACCGCCACUCUCUACGAGGCGACUGACCAGCUUUACCACAUCCUCCGUCCUCAGAACAAGGAUCGUGCUAAAGAGAAAGCAUCCGUUUACCGAGCUCAUCCCCACGCCUCCUUCCAGAGGGGACUACACCUCUAUCAGCCCCCAAGAACGAGCGAUCAUCAUCCGAAGCAUCCGAACCUAUGCUGCCAUAGUUGACUCGAAGUACAACCGCUCGCGUAUCGUCUGGCAAACCGUCGAAAAGUACUGGCAGCAUGUCUGGUCAUGGAUCGACUUCCUGCACCGCCGCCCAAAUCCAGACUCAAUACGCGUUGUCAUUGCCAUCUUCGAUGGUUUAACGCAGAACACAGAGCAUCCCCCUGUUCGUGGACUUCUGCUCUCCCAGCCCAACGCCAUCGCGAUCCUGGUAGACUGCUGGUUCCGCUUGCCCAGGCAGGCCGACAUACUGAACAUCAAGCCCUGGAUGGCCCUCAUCCCUCUCACGCAGGCGAUAUCAGCCAUCUACUGUGACCUCGAUGACGAGGCCAUGGACUUCAUCAUUGAGCGCGAAUUGUACCGCGGCGCACGAGGAUCCGGGCGCCGCCUCUUCCGGCACAUCGCUACGAUAAUCCGCACCCUCAUCGACCUCCCUCUCGAGCAAGAGCAUGGUGCGCUCGUCACCGUUGUCGAGCUUGCGUCCGCCCUCUUCGCCGAGGGCAACAACCCGUACCUCCAGCCCCAGCCUAUGCCGCGGAGCAUGGUUCGCGCGGCAGUCCAGCUCGUCAGGAAGGACGCUGGGUCAAAGUUCGAGAUAUUGGCCCAAGCUGCGUGCUUCUUCCUCCACAUGACUUGGGAGGAGAUGGACUUGCGGCCAAUGCUGUGGUCGCUGAAAGAAGGACUCCUGCCACACAUCCUGCGUAUGAAGGACCCCGAACUAAGGAAAGAUCAGCCGGCGGAAUUGCUAAAACUCAUACAUAUUGGCCUCGCGCAUCGAAGAGUACUCCGCAUGUUUUGGAAGGUCUACGAGCGUGACAGGAAGGAGAUCGAGAACGCGCCGUGGAAGCCUAAGCAGUUCACCGAGAUGCUGAAGCGCGCAGAGAGGAAUCGAGAGACCUACGAGGAGCUCCUGCCUACUUGGCGCGGCACCGAGGGUUACUGCCACAACCCAGAGUGCCCCUUCCCGCUCCAGACUCUGUACCAAUGCCCAUGCAAGACGAGCUACUAUUGCUCCAUAGAAUGUCAGCGCGCGGACUGGGACAUACACAAAGACGACUGCCACAUGUGGCAGUGGUACAAGUUCGAAGAAACGGAGCAUCCCCGUCCCUCGCCCAUGUUCAACCAGCGCGACAUGGAGUACAUCCAAGCCAUAUCAAGAGAGUACAUCGACGCCCUAGACGACGUCACCGAGAAAGCCGAGGAAGUCGAGCCCGGUCUCGACCGUACGGUCCGUCUGGCCGUUUCCUGGUGCCAUGGCGAGCCGUCGCACCAUGUGUUGAAGACGACGAUACCGAAGAGGAAGACGGUGAUCCUGACGGCGGCGGUGAUGAUGGGGCAGGAGCUGGUGCUGGUGACGCUGCCGACGUUGACUAUUAGGUUGCGGGAUGAAGGGGAUCCGUCGGAUAGUGAGGCGUGGUCGGAUGCGAUGUGGUAUGAGGAUGAUGGCGAAGACGACGACGAGGGUAUGAGUGGAGAAGACGGGUAG